AGCUCGAAACAGUAAUAUACUAGGCGGCAGCAAGUUUUACUGUUUUCAUGGAAACUUACCGACUUUGUCAUCGGGUGUCAGGAAUUACUUAUAAGGAGCGAUCCUUUGGAAAGUAAUUUUUCUGAAAGCAAUUCGGGAGACUGGAACAUUUCUUAUUUUUAGUCAUUUUAUAAUCACUUAAACUAUAAACAAGACAGAUAAGGAAGAUUUUGAAGUACCGGUGAGAUGUACGUCAAGUCCAUAGUCAUAGACGGUUUCAAGUCUUAUGCUCAGCGUACGGAGAUCAACGGAUUUGAUCCUCUUUUUAACGCCAUAACUGGACUCAAUGGAAGCGGCAAGUCGAACAUUCUAGAUUCGAUCUGUUUUUUGCUGGGGAUCUCCAACUUGUCUCAGGUUCGAGCUUCAAAUCUUCAGGAUUUGGUGUAUAAAAAUGGUCAAGCAGGCAUCACUAAAGCCACAGUUUCUAUUACAUUUGACAAUUCUGACAAGAAACAGAGUCCCCUGGGGUUUGAAACUCAUGAUGAAAUAACUGUAACUAGACAGGUGGUUAUUGGUGGGAGAAAUAAAUACCUGAUUAAUGGAGUUAAUGCCAAUAACAUGAGGGUUCAGGAUCUUUUCUGUUCAGUUGGGCUUAAUGUAAAUAAUCCUCAUUUUCUUAUCAUGCAGGGAAGAAUUACUAAAGUCCUUAACAUGAAGCCUCCAGAGAUUUUGGCAAUGAUUGAGGAAGCAGCAGGUACAAGAAUGUAUGAAUGUAAGAAAAUUGCAGCUCAAAAAACCAUUGAAAAGAAGGAGGCAAAGCUAAAAGAAGUUGAAACGAUUCUGGAAGAAGAGAUUACUCCAACUCUACAGAAAUUAAAAGAGGAAAGAUCUUCAUAUCUGGAAUACCAGAAAGUAAUGAGGGAGAUGGAGCAUCUCAGUCGCCUUUACGUGGCAUAUCAGUUUGUCCGGGCAGAAGAGACAAAGCUAAAGUCAUCAGAAGAAUUAAAGCAAAUGGAGAAUGCUAUUUUGAAGCUACAGGAAGACAUGGAUGCAAACAAUUGUAGAGUCAAAGAACUCUGCAAAGAAUUGGCUGAUUUGGAGAAAAAGAGAGAUCAAGAUGUAUCUGGGGUAUUGCGGACUUUGGAAAGUGUUCUUGCUGAAGCCCAGAGAGUGGAUACCAAAGCACAGACUACUCUAGACUUGAAAAAGCAAAGUUUGAAGGGGGAGGAGAAGAAGCGGAAAGAGUUAGUAAAGUCAAUGGAGGAGGAUCAAAAAGGUUUGGUGUCUAAAGAGAAGGAACUAACCAAGAUUAGCAAUGGGCUGAGUGCUUUACAGGAAGCAAGUCAGAAAGAUUCCGAGGCCCUAGCAGCAGCUCAGCAACAUUUCAGUGCUGUGUCAGCUGGACUUUCAAGCAGUGAAGAUGGGGAACCAGCUACUUUGGCAGGGCAGAUAAUAAGUUGUAGAAAUGACAUGAGCAAAGCUGAGACUGAAGCAAAACAAGCCCAAAUGAAACUGAAGCAUGCCCAGCAGGAACUUAAAAAUAAGCAGGCUGAAGUGAAGAAAAUGGACACAGGAUACAAGAAGGAUUCAGAUGCUUUUGAAGCUGUGAAAAAGUGCAAGGAAAAGCUUGAAGUGGAGAUUAAAAAGUUAAACUACGAAGAUGGAAAAGAGGAAAAACUUAUUGAAAGACGCAGAGAACUUUCAAGAAAAGUCACUCAACUGAGGGAAGCGUAUGAGUCUCUUAUGGCCAAGUUUCCAAAUCUGAGAUUUGAGUACAAAUACCCUGAGAAGAACUGGGUGGAAACACGUGUGAAGGGGCUUGUGGCAAACCUUUUUACAGUUAAAGAUUCUUCCACAGCCACAGCACUGGAAGUAGUUGCUGGAAGGAAACUGUAUGAAGUUGUAGUGGACACAGAGGUGACUGGUAAGCUAAUUCUGGAGAAGGGCGAGCUGAAACGAAGGUAUACUAUUAUACCCCAAAAUAAGAUUUCUGCAAAAAGUAUUAAUGAAAAUCUGGUAAAGACUGCUAAGAAUUUGGUUGGUGCUGAUAAUGUACACUCUGCUUUGUCAUUGGUGGGAUAUGAACCUGAUCUUCAGAAAGUGAUGGAAUAUGUAUUUGGCAACACUUUAGUUUGUGACUGUCUUGAUAAUGCCAAAAAAGUGGCUUUUGACAAGAAGAUCCUAGUGAAAACAGUCACACUUGAUGGGGACACAUGCGAUCCUCAAGGAACUUUAAGUGGAGGUGCUAGAUUGCAAGCUGCUUCAGUUCUGUCAAAACUUCAAGAACUGAAGGAUGUUCAAAAUAAUUUAAAAUCUAAGGAAUCAGAACUUCGAGAAGUAGAAAAGGAGUUAGGAAGCCUCAAAGGAACAGCAGAAAAAUAUCGACAGCUUAAACAACAGUUGGAUAUGAAAUCUGAAGAAGCUGAGAUUUUGCAAGCUAAGCUUCAGCAAAGUUCAUACCACAAACAACAGGAAGAACUUGAAAUGCUAAAAAGGACUAUUGAGGAAAGUGAAGAAAUUCUGAAGAAAACCAAGGAGGUACAGAUAAAAGCAGAAGACAAAUACAAAGUGCUAGAGAACAAAAUGAAAAAUGCAGAGGCAGAACGAGAGAAGGAACUGAAACAGGCUGAACAAAAACUUGAUGCUGCUAAAAAGAAAGCAGAUGCUUCCAAUAAAAAAUUUAAGGAGAAACAGCAGGAAGUUGAUGCCUUUGUUUUGGAGCUAGAAGAAUUAAAAAGAGAACAGACUGGAUAUAAAGAACAGAUUGAAGCUGUGGAUGAAGCACUGAAGUCCAUUCAAGAGGAGAUUGACCGUAUGGCUUGUGAAGUUUCAAAAAAUAAAGAAGCUGUAAAAAAAGCACAAGAAGACCUCAGUAAGGAGAAGGAAUUGUUAAUGGCAAAGGAGAAGGAAAUUAAAGGGAAAUCUGCAGAAGUGUCAAAGUUCAAAGAGCAAAAUAAUGAAGCACAGCUGAAGAUAAAGGAAAUGGAGCACAGCAUUAGCAAACUAAAAAAAGACAGCACUGAUGCGGCCACUAGAGUGACUAAGAUGCUCGAAGAAUAUGAGUGGAUUACAGCAGAAAAACAUCUCUUUGGCCAGCCGAACACUGCAUACGAUUUUGAAACAAAUAAUCCCAAAGAGGCUGGUCAGCGUCUUAAGAAAUUAGAAGAAACAAAGGAGAAACUAGGAAGAAAUGUCAACAUGAGAGCAAUGACUAUGCUUAGUCAGGCGGAAGAGAAUUACAAUGACCUGAUGAAGAAGAAAAGGAUUGUUGAAAAUGAUAAAGCAAAAAUACUAAUAACUAUAAAAGAGCUAGACCAGAAGAAAAAUGAAGCACUAAACAUUGCAUGGCAAAAAGUAAAUAAAGAUUUUGGUUCAAUUUUCUCGACUCUUCUCCCAGGAGCUAAUGCAAAGUUAGCUCCUCCAGAAGGUCAAGGUGUUCUCGAUGGGCUGGAAUUUAAAGUUGCUCUUGGAAGCACAUGGAAAGAGAACCUGACUGAACUUAGUGGUGGUCAGAGGUCUCUGGUAGCUUUGUCUCUAAUCUUGGCUAUGCUGCUCUUCAAACCAGCCCCAAUAUACAUUCUAGACGAAGUGGAUGCUGCCUUGGACCUUUCUCAUACACAGAAUAUUGGUCAGAUGCUAAAGACACACUUCACACAUUCACAGUUCAUAGUGGUAUCGCUAAAGGAUGGAAUGUUCAGCAAUGCCAACGUUCUCUUUAAAACCAAGUUUGUGGACGGCGUGUCUACAGUUGCAAGGUUCACACAAAGUCAAAAUAACUCCGGAGAAAAUAAAACGAGCAAAAAAUCAAAUGACAGAAGACCCAAGCAAUAAACAGAAUGAUUUUCUCCCCCAGCCUGUGUAAAUUAUACUCCUUUUUAGACUUUUUUUUUUUGUUUUUAAAUAUUAGAAAAUACAUUUUUUUAUUACUGCAAAUGAAUGCUAUCUUCUUCCUUUUCACAUGUGUCAAUAUUCAUUUAUUUAACUCUGUAUCUUUUCAAUGUUUUUGAUUUUUUUUUUUUCUUUUAUUAUCCCUGAUUCUUUUCUAAAUCUUCCACUGGUCCUGUUACACUGUAAAUUUACAUGAAAUAAUAUGUUAUAGCAUUUAGAUUUUUAAUGUAAAUAAAUCUGAGACAUGCAUCAUUUACUGUGUUGUAUUUUAUCAAAUAUUAUGAGUUAAUGGUAACUUUAAUUUCUCCUGCCUUUAAUAAAAUGUUUUUGGAAUGAAACUAGUU